CGGGAGAAGAGUAAAGGAAGAAUCUGGCCCAACAGAUUGGCUGCUGUGCUUGGAAUCAUUGUCCUGUUGCAUCACCUAAUUUGGGCCAAGCUUUACCUGGCAGACAGAGGGCUUCACAUUUGACUCUAGAAUAAUCUGGUAUAAAGAGGACUUCACGGUCGACUCAGCAACUCCGAGGUGCCCAGGUCCUGUGGCUGUAAAACAAACCCAAAUCAGCCCUCCACCACUCUCCUUGAAGGUAUCUCUCCUGAUCUGAAGGCACCAUGAACCACACAGUGGAUAUUCUGUCUGAUCCAGAUUUGUGGCACAACAUAACUGCAAACACCACCUCCAGUUAUACACCUAUUAUGCCAUCAGUAAUGGAAAAAAUCACAGACAUCGUUUUGACAAUCGUCUUAUUCAUCACCAUGGUUUCACUCGGCUGCACCAUGGAGAUGUCCAAAAUAAAGCAUCAUAUAAUGAAACCUAAGGGUGUGGUUAUUGCAGUUUUGUCCCAGUAUGGAAUCAUGCCUCUUACAGCUUUUUGCUUAACUAAGGUGUUCCAGCUCGGAGAAACAGUAUCUGUGGUAGUUCUGAUCUGUGGCUGCUGUCCCGGAGGAACUCUCUCCAACAUCUUCACUCUGGCUCUGCAGGGGGACAUGAACCUCAGUAUCGUGAUGACUUCCUGCUCAACAUUGCUGGCUCUGGGUAUGAUGCCUCUCCUGCUCUACCUCUACUGCCAGGGUUUGUCCAACAUACAGAGCACUGUGCCUUAUGUUGAAAUUAUUGUAUCGCUGGUCUUGAUCCUUGUGCCGUGUGGAAUCGGCAUCCUCAUCAACACUUACAGGCCGCAGUACUCGAAGAUCAUCACAAAGGUAGGCCUCUCUUUGAUGAUGGUUUUUACUCUGGUGAUCGCCAUCGUAACCGCCACAGUAAACAAAAGCGUUAUCCUGACUGUGGUGUCGCCUAUACUCUUGGCCAUCGCUGCCCUCAUGCCUUUGAUUGGCUACUCCUUUGGAUAUGUCAUCUCUGCGAUCUUCAGACUCAACCAGGCGGAGCGGAGGACCGUUUCUAUGGAAACAGGCUGUCAGAAUGUCCCGCUGUGCACCACCAUAUUGAAGAUAGCCUUCUCCCAGGAAGUGAUGGGCCCUCUGUUUCUGUUCCCAAUGGUCUACGGGUCUUUUCAGCUGUUGGAGGCGGUGACGCUCAUCGUGCUGUUUAGGUGCUACCAAAGAUUCACGAGAAAGGAGAAAGAGACUUACCAGCCGGGGGUCACUGGAGAGGAGCUGAAAGAGACUCCUAAGGGGACUGUAUGACAUCAGCUACCACCUAUAUUUUUCUAUUACUGUGAACUCUUACACCAGCUGACUAAAACAGAAAAAAAUGUACAACUU